UCUUGGUCUAAAAUCGCUGCACAUCUUCCGAAGCGGUAUCAAGCUGUUAGAGGAGUUAGAGCAGGUUGCGCAUAAAAAACACAACAAACGGGGCUGUGGUCGGUGGGAGAACGGUUAUCAGUUCACCAGAGACAGGCUCUCAUUGAGCUCCGAGUCGGAGAGUGAAUGAGGUUGAUGCUUCUCUGUUGCACCUGGAAGGACGAACGUAUGGGAGAGGAGGAAGCUGGCGGAAGCUUGCCCUUGUGUGCGGGUUGCAGACAGCGGAUCUAUGAUGAACAGUAUCUCCAGGCCCUCAACACUGACUGGCACACCAUCUGCUUCAGAUGCUGUGAGUGCAGUGCCUCACUGUCCCACUGGUACUAUGAGAAGGAGGGCCGGCUCUUCUGCAAAAAGGAUUACUGGGCCAAAUUUGGUGAGCUGUGCCAUGGCUGCAAUGACCCCAUCACUACCGGCCUGAUCAUGGUUGCGGGGGAACAGAAGUACCACCCAGAAUGUUUCACGUGUCUGAACUGCAGAGCGUUCAUCGGGGACGGAGACACAUAUGCUCUCGUGGAGAGGUCGAAACUGUAUUGUGGUCACUGUUACUACCAGACCAUUGUGACGCCGGUGUCCCAGCCCGACUCACCAUGCUCCAGGAUUCCCCACACAGUGACCCUGGUCUCCAUCCCAGCAUCCACAGAUGGCCGCAGAGGGAUCUCCGUCUCCAUCGACAAGCCUGUCAGCCCCAAUGGAUACGACCCUGAACACACUGUCAGGGUAUCACAGGUGGACUCUGAGCUGAUCAGUCCAGAUGUGAAGAACUCCAUACAUGUUGGAGACCGGAUCCUAGAGAUCAACGGAACACCUAUCAGGAACGUUCCUCUUGAUGAGAUUGACCUGCUUAUCCAGGAGACCACUCGUCUGCUGCAGCUGACUAUUGAGCAUGACCCCCAGGACCAGGGCGGCUCGGACGGGGAGACGAUGGACAGACCCCUGACCACCCCCCUGUCUGACUGUCCCGGCCCCAUCCUCCCCAUCACCCAGCCCCCAAACCCAGACAUCAACAACCUGCGCUCACGAAUGAUCAUGCGUAGCUACAGUAUUGAUAAGUCCCCGUGUUCCAGUAACGCGGCGUCUCCUCUCUCUCAGAGGAAGGACAUUAAUCGCUCCGAGUCUCUGAGGGUGGUGUCCAACAGUCGCAUGCACCGGAUCUUCCGCCCCUCGGAUCUCAUCCACGGAGAGGUGCUGGGAAAAGGCUGCUUCGGCCAGGCCAUCAAGGUGACCCACAGAGAGACUGGAGAGGUGAUGGUGAUGAAGGAGCUGAUUCGCUUCGAUGAUGAGACACAGAGGACAUUCUUAAAAGAGGUGAAGGUGAUGCGGUGUCUGGAUCAUCCCAACGUGCUGAAGUUCAUCGGCGUCCUCUACAAGGACAAGAGGCUCAACUUCAUCGCAGAGUACAUAAAAGGAGGCACCCUGAGAGAGAUCAUCAAGAAAAUGGACACCAACUAUCCGUGGAACCAGAGAGUGAGCUUUGCUAAAGACAUUGCUGCAGGGAUGUCAUAUCUGCAUUCCAUGAACAUAAUCCACCGUGACCUGAACUCAUACAACUGUCUUGUCAGAGAGAACAACAGUGUUGUUGUGGCAGAUUUUGGGCUGGCUCGGCUGAUGGUGGAAGAUAAGAUACAGGACAAGAGUCUCCUGCAGAAGAAGCCUGACCGCAGAAAGAGAUACACUGUAGUUGGCAACCCUUACUGGAUGGCUCCAGAGAUGAUCCAUGGCAAAAGCUACGAUGAGAAAGUGGACAUCUUUUCCUUUGGGAUCAUGCUUUGUGAGAUCAUCGGUAGGGUGAAUGCAGACCCAGACUACCUGCCCAGGGCCCAUGACUUUGGGCUGAAUGUGACUGGCUUCCUAGAGCACUUCUGCCCUCCAGACUGCCCGCCGGCCUUCUUUCCUAUGGCUGCCCUCUGCUGUGACCUGGACCCUGAGAAACGUCCUGCCUUCACUAAGCUGGAAGAAUGGCUGGAGAACCUGAAGAUGCACCUGGAGAUACGCCUCCCGUUGGUGUCGGAGCUCGACACGCUGCACAAGGAAUUCUGGAAAAACCACACUGUCCCCACCGUGGCUUGCACCGCCGUUCGGUCCGAGAACGGCCUGCCUCCGCACCACGAGGUGCCGGAGUAGAACAGAUACAGAGUGGAAUCCUGUUGGUGUCACCUUACCAGAGUGGACAGAGAGAAGGAUACGGUGGUCACAGGACAGUAGAGAAAACCUAUGGCAAAAGGUUGUGAUGGCUGGGGCAUUGGUAUUGGUUGACAGUGGGCUGCCGAUGGGCUGUAUUGACUCAGGGGGAGCCGAGAAUGCAAAAAGCCAGCCAUGCCGGAAUACACAUCUCCAACCAAGAGAGUCAUUCAGACUACCAUUACCACGAUAUCACUGUUCAUUCUGCUGACUGCCGUACCUAACCUGAAUGUCAGGGUGGUAACUGCUAGCUAGCAGUGUCAUUCAACCCUGGCUUUGGAAAUGAAUUUGAACGCUCAUAUUGUCUUUAAACUUAUUGAAAUGUUCAGGCAGCAUCAUCUAUCGCUAAAGCAGAAAAUACGCUUUAGCCCCGUUGGUACAAUAGGUGUCCCUCCGAAGCGUUCGUGCAACGAUGUGUGUUUGCAAAGUGUUUCUCUGUGUGACUUUGGUUAGAUACAUUUUUUUGGUUUUAAUGAUAUCAAAACUGCUUUCUGAAAUGCAAAAGGGGACUCUUGAACAUGGAAAAAAACAAAACACAUUUGUUGAGACACACACACACACACACACAGCCCAAUGUAAAAUAUAGUCAAACACAUGCUUUUGAGCGUAGGGUUCAUUUUAAACUUUUCUGAAAACUGCAUGAGUGUAAAUAGUUGUGUAUCCAGUAAGCCUUUGUUGACUCCCUACUGUGUCCCAAAUUGCACACUAUACAUAUAGUUCACUGCUUUCAAUUAGUAUUAUCAAAGUAGGGCACUAGAGGGGACAGGGUGCUAUUUUGGGAUGCUACCUUAUAGUGACGGCCCUGGUCAUGUCAAACAUAUGGUCCAUGUCGAAACACAUCCUUUUUCUGACUGUAGCACUGUCUUGACAUUGAGGUACACUUUCAUACUUUUGGCACAUUUUCCAUUUCAUAUGAGUGUAUCACUGUCCUGAUCUCAUGUAUAUAGCCGGCGAUAUUAUCAUACUGUAAAUGUUUUAAAUAUUGUAAAUGUACAGACAUAUUUUGUAUACUUAUAAUAUAUGCUACUUUGCCAUAUUUUUAUUGGGCUACCUGUUGAAAUCAAGGAGAGACAAAUUUAACAAUAGUUAGGCAGUAGUAGCUGAUAAGGAGCAGAUUCCUUUCAACAGGGAGGACAGCUUUGUUCUGGGUUGCCACGGUGAGAGAUGGAGGCAUUUACAGAGUUAAGAUGGCCUCCUAGGGCCCUCGCUUACCGCGUCUGUCCUGGCUGUAAGCACUUUCACAUGAUCAGUUGCGUUUUAUUCUGUUGUGUCCUGUCGGUCGGUAUAUAGAGUCCUUUUGUUUACAGCAACCUUUAUUGGGCUACUUCACAGUCAGCGUCCCGGCUGUGACCUUGAUCAGAUGAAAUCCAUCAUUAAUAUAGAAUCAGCAUGAACAUGAAAUGAGGAAAUGUGGUUUGGUAGUAGGCCUUUAUGUCAGGCAAUAUUUACCCAUAUUUCUUCACAAAAGAUAUGGAGGAUUUUAGUUUAGUUUGAGAAUGAAGUCACCCAUAGCUGGAUGGAUAUGUCGUGGUUCUGGAGACAAUCUGUCUCAUAGCCCGACUUCAACCCUCCGCCUGGGCUAAGUACUUAGAGACAACCCUAGUCACAAACUUCCUUCUGAUUUGAGGCCCUCUGUUUACACACAAUCUGCUGGCUGUAAAUAGUAUCUUUAUUAUGUCUCAGUGUUGUUGUCUGUAACAUACUGCACUCUUUUGAAAAUAAUCACUCACUCUCGGUCAAUCUUUUUCUUUCACUAUUUGGUCAAUCUUUGUAACUAUUAUGUGUGUCUGUUUUUCCUCCAUCAGUGUUUCUAUUUUUUCUCUCUGCAACUAAAAGAUGAGCUGAGUAUUGGCUAGAUGUGAACGAUUCUGCUGUUAUACCAAGCUAUACUUUCCCUUUUACAAAAAAAUGUAAAAUUAAAAAAGAGUAAAAGUGUUCAGAAAGGCUAAGAAAAAGAAAUAGAGCUGAAACAUAGCAUUUCAUUUUAUAUAGAACCACUGAAAUCUUUUUUGUAUAGAUUUGAGUACUUUAGUUUGCACUAUAUUAUAAAAUUGCUGCCUACAACAGCUAUUUUUUUAUUUUCUCCUUGGGUUACUUGUGAUAAAGAACUAAAAUGACAUUGGUUGAUAUUAAGUGCAAGUCACUUUCAAUUAAAUUAUAUACAUGGGUCUUGGAAAAUCCUUCCCUCUUCGUAGCAAAUCGGAGUUAGGCUGCCAAUAUGAUGCCUGCAGGUGUCAAGUACUAUUAGAUUACUUGAUGUCUUCGCUUGUCCGCGUCCAAUGUUUCAGACAUGCUCAGCUUUGAGGGGCUUGAAGGCGAUCAUUCAAAGGCAUACCUUCUAAAUGGUUAACGUUUUUAAAUAUUGUAUUUGAAAUUCUUCUAGUUAAGAGGAUGAGAUUAACAUGGUCUGCCUGCUUACAGACUGGACCUUUGUGAAUGAUGUGUCUCAUCAACUGCAUCACUUUACUACGAGGUCCAGAGAAGAUUUCACACUGUUGUUCUGAUGCGAACCGUAUUGUGCCGGCUCAGAUAGCUAAAUUCCAGAACAACUCCUGAAACAAGGCCUGCUCAGUCCAAAUACACUUUGUUUGUCAUGACUGAGCUUGGAUGGGCUCAGUAGCGUGAAACAAGUACAUUUACUGGUCUAAUAAAACUCCACAGUCACAUUAUACAUUACCAAAAGUACAAUCAUCCAACAAGCAUGUAGUCUUUUAUCUAUCUGUCAGUGUAUGACUCAAUACCCAAAGGCUCUCUCUCUUAUGCACAGCUUCUGCUAAUGUGUUUAUCAAUGGGCAUGAAUGGGAAUUCAACUGAAGUACUGUAUCCCCAUGCCUGUCAAAAGCCACAUUAUUGUCAAGCAUGUGUUUGGAUUGAUGGAUGAAUGGUGGAGAAUGUUUCUACAAAACUUUUUUGCAAAGGAUCCUUACCUCUGAAUAAUAUGCUGUGCCUUUGUUUUAAAGCUAGCCUUGCCAACGACUCAAAAUGCGUUUGUUUUGACUGAUUUUUUAAAUAUUAAAUUCAAGAGCAAGCCUGUUGAUAAUGAAUGGAUUUAAAACCAUUGAUGAUACAGUAUAUUGUUUUAUGAUUACAUUUUCCUCUUCAUAUUUAUAUUUUCCAUUUUUCUCCAUCGUCAUUUUUGAUAUCUUAAAGAUUAUGAUUCAUUUUCAUCUUAUUUAAUUUGUUUACAUAAGCUGUGAAACCGAUUCUGCACUUUAAUUGUGAACGUGAAUAUUGAGAAACGGAGUAGACCACUGUAUUUCAUCACAGCUGGAAUAAACAUGUUGCUCCUUUAA